CAGGAGGGAGCCCUGUGCCCACAGCCUGGCUCCAGCAGCCCAGCCCCCAUGUCCAGGGCAGGGGAGAUGGUUUACAUCCCGGACGACUCCGACUUCAGCUCCUUCAGGGCGCAGUGCGAGAGCCCCGAGGGGUGGCACUGCUGCUACAACAAGGCUGGCAUCACAGUCUGGAGCCAGGGCCAGCAGGAGAGCUGCACCGUGCAGAAAAUCAAGACCCGCAUCUGCUGCAGGGAUGUCCCUGCUGAGACCCUCUAUGACGUGCUCCACGACGCUCACUACCGCAAGAAGUGGGACUCCAACAUGCUGGAGAGCCACGACAUCGGCCGCCUCACCGCCAACGCCGACGUGGGCUACUACUCCUGGAAGUGCCCAAGCCCCCUGAAGAACAGAGACUUCGUCACCCUGCGCUCCUGGCUGCCCCUGGACGAUGACUACGUCAUCCUCAACUACAGCGUCAAGCACCCGAAGUACCCCCCCAGGAAGGACUUUGUGAGGGCUGUGUCCCUGCAGACAGGUUACCUGAUCAAGGCCAACGGAGCUGGGGGCUGUGUCCUCUACUAUCUCACCCAGGUGGACCCUCGUGGCUCCCUGCCCAAGUGGGUGGUGAGCAGAGUCUCCCAGUUUGUGGCACCCAAGGCGAUGAAGAAGCUGUACAAGGCGGGGCUGAAGUACCCCGAGUGGAAGCGGCAGCACGACCCCGGCUACAAGCCCUGGGUGUACCCCGAGCAGAGCACCCUGCCCAGCCUCAGCCUGGCAGAGCUCUCCCUGCAGCACGCAGACUCCCUGGAGCGCAUCGACGAGGCCGAGCUGCCCGAGGAGCCGCUCAGCGACCGCGAAGCCUGAGCCUGCCCCCGCCGCUGCCCCUGCCCCCUGCCCACUGCCCCCUGCGCUGCCCCUGCCUCCUGCGCUGCCCCU